UUUAAACGAUGUGAAGCACCCAACCUGCUGAUCAACAAGAUCAUCCUCGGACUACACCUACACCAAGUGUAAGCGUUCAGUUCAGCAAUGCCUUUUCUAGCAGCACUACUCGUUCUAUCAACAUUAGUUGUAUGCAUACAUGGUAGCGGCUUGAACACACAAGAACUGAAUUAUUUCCAAGUAAGCGGUUCCUACAAUGCUACAGUAUCUGUAACCGAAAGUACGGAUCGGUACACAAUCAUUGCCUCCGGGGAGCCUGAUCACGUUUGGGGAAAUGUCAACCCGAAUAGACCGCUCAAUCAGAAUUUCAAUAUUCCAAUACCGAAAAGUCCGACAACAGAGGCUGUCCCGGGUUGUCUGUCCUUAGGUGUCAUUGGCAUUGCCAGGACUGGUGUGGCUCUUUUUAACCCCCUUGAUGUCAACAAUGAGAAUGCCGUGGAAGGUUCUGGUGCGGAGAGACUGGACAACUGUGAUGGACAUGCAGAUCAAUUCGGGGUCUACCACUACCACAAACUACCUUUCAACUGUUUAUAUAGAGGCAAUACUGACGAGUUCAUGGGUGUGGCCAUGGACGGUUAUCCGAUUUACGGACCUAAAGUAAUGGAAAAUGGAGUCGUCAAGAACCUAACAUCAGCCGACCUGGAUAAAUGCCAUGGUAGGGUUGCGUCGAAUGGACGAUACCGGUAUCACAUGACCUUUACUUUCCCGUACAUCCUCGGCUGUUUUAGGGGCAGUUUACUGUACGACAGGGCACGCACACAGGCCAUAUGUUCUUCGAACACUUCAGGUGAUUAUCAGUUAAUCUCAUACAGUGUAUAUAUAUAG